AGAUAAUCAAAUCUGUAUGGUGUAUAUAUAAACGGAUUUCAGAGAAUCUAAUUAGCUAGUUGGGCAGUCCAAGACAAAAUGGCGAUUAAAUUUUUAGUUCUUCUGGUCGCCAUUUUGGCGGGGUGCAAUGCCUUCCCAGCUCCUGAAGCAGAGCAGGACAUGUCCAUCUUCUUCGAGCAUGUGGACCGCAACGCGCGUAUUGUGGGCGGUACCCAGGCCGCUAAUGGCGCCCAUCCUCAUAUGGUCGCUUUGACCAAUGGAGCAGUCGUCAGAAGCUUCAUAUGCGGCGGCUCUAUCAUCACCCGCAGGACUGUCCUCACCGCUGCCCACUGCAUCGCCGCUGUCGUCAGCGGUAACACACUCAGCAGGAACCUCCGCGGGACUGUGGGUACCAACCGCUGGAACAGUGGUGGUGUGAUGCACGCCUUCCAGAGGCACGUCAUCCACUCUAGCUACAACGCUAACACAAUCAAGAAUGACAUCGGCAUCCUCCACACCUCGGCCAACAUCGCCAUGACCAAUGCUGUCCGCGCCAUCGUUGUCAACUACGACUUCAUCGGAAACGGAAUUAACUCCAGAGUUGCUGGAUGGGGAAGAAUCAGGGCCGGUGGUGCUAUCUCUGCGAACCUGCUCCAACUGAACACGCAAACUAUCGACGGUAACCGCUGCGUGCGUGACGUCGCCAGUGUUUCCGCCAGCCUCAACAUGAGAGCUCCUGCUGUUGACCCGAACGUCGAACUAUGUACCUUCCACUCUCGCAACCAUGGAACUUGCAACGGUGACUCCGGCAGCGCUCUGGUCCGCCUUGACCGCAACCAGCAGAUCGGUAUCGUGUCGUGGGGUCUGCCUUGCGCCCUGGGUGCCCCCGACAUGUUCGUCAGGGUCAGCGCCUACAGGAACUGGGUCCAAACCAACACUCUCAACUAAACAAUUGCUAUUCCACUUUAAUGUCACACGAGUGCGUUUAAUAAAUUGUUAUUGAUUAUUAAACGUAUAAACUUAUUUAA